UUGGCGCCAAUGCUGAGAGUGAGAAAACGAUAAUUUCGUUUGCAAGCAGCACGAGAGAGAGAGAGAGGGAAAGAGAAAGUGAAUGGCAUACCCGAUUCUCCAUUGCAAUAAUGCCAGAGGUUUUAUUAUCAGUCACUAUUUUGGGGUUAUAGAAACAUACAUAAUAAAUUGUUGAUGAAAUUAAGAUGAAAAUAGUGAAAAGCUAAUACUAAUUGAAAGAAUUGUGGCGACAUGGCUAUUAUACAGUAUACGUUUCUGCAUAAGGCUUUGUUUUUUGUAUGUCACCAUGUACAUGGCUGUGUAUGUAAUAGCAGGCGAGCGGCGUUAUUAUGGCUUAAUGAUUAUUUAAUUCCGCUUCGACAAAUUGAUAUUGUAAACGUCAUCAUUAUCGAAUUUUUGUUUUUAAUCACAAUUAAGCAAUUUUCUGUUUUGUUUUGCUCGCCUAUAUCUUGUUGCAUGGCUAACCGCUCUUAAACUCAAGAGUGCGUGCAAACAGGGUGGACGCUCUAUAAAGAUUAGCUAUCAAAACCAGCUGUUGGUUGUUGAGUGUUGGUUUCAUACAAUGUCAUGGAGUUUGCAGAGACCUCUAGAUAUUGCGGACGUAAAAUCAAAAAGAUACGCCUAUCCUCUUGUAGCUUUGGCUGAUCGACUAAAAUAUUUGCAAUACACAGUUGGACUUCUUAGUGUCGCGAUAGCGAAGGUUCUUCGGGAAUUCCAUUUGUCCUUUAUGAGACCCAUGUGAAAUGCCUUAUGAAAAAUUCAAUAAAAAGCGCCGACAAUGGGAGGAUAAUGGAGUUUUAGAAUUAAUUAAAUUGUGGAAAGUCUGUGCCUAUGAGUUGCGCACCAUAAAACGCAAUGGCCAUUUGUAUGUGGCUAUGGCAAAGCAGUUAACUGCCUUAGGUGUACCUGUAACAGCUCUAGAAGUACAUUUCAAAGUAAAUAACUUGACUCAGCGUUACAGACAAGAGCAAAAAACUUUUGAAACUACGGGCAUUAUAAGUACGUGGAAAUUCUAUUCACAAGUGGAUGAUGUUUUCAAAAGUUUGUCCGGUCAAGCUGGGUAUAAAGAUAAACGCAUUAUGACGCCUGCAUCAAAUCCGAGUACUUUACCAUCGGCAUCGGAAUCGCCAGUCUGGAAGAAUCAAAUGUCUCAACAAGAAUUUAACAGUAAUAAUUCCGAAGGAUUUUACAAAUCUGAAUAUGGAAUGCACCGACAUUUUAUGGAUCACACCCAGCCACCACCGAAUCAAAACAACGAUGUGAACUUUAUGGCCUCCACAGCCGCUGCGGCUGCAGUUGCUGCUGCUUCGGCGCAACUUAAUUCAGCACCGAAUAACACAAAUGCAAAUGGUGUGGUGCCAAAUUACAAUAACAAAAUCAAAAAACCAACUGAAGAAUAUGAUAAAUUCGUAGAUAUUGUCAAAAAUAUCGUCGAUAAUCACAAGGCCACACCGGAUAAAGUGGAUACCUUUGGGGACUUUAUUAAAUCAUAUAUGAGGCGAUGGCCAGAACGUUUGCAGGACGAAGCCAUAAAUCAUAUAACCAAUUACGUGAUUGUUAAAAACAUGGAGAAUACGAUGAAUAAUGGCGGGGAUGGUGUGAAUAAUAGACAAUAAUACAAGGGAGCUUAGAGUUUAGGUUUGGUUAUAUUCUGAUAAAAUAAAUUGUGUAUGUGUAUGUUGUAGCAUUAGUGUCAGUUUUAAGUAUACCAAAACGUUACUUAAUUUAAAGAAUAUGAACAAUUUUUCACUUUUUGAUUUUAAUGUUUAAGCAAUGUUUCAUGGAGAGUAGGGAAAAUAUAUAUAAAAGCUAGUAAUUUAGUGCUUGUGAAAUGUAUAUAAUAUUUUUUUUCUUGUAAGCUGAAAGUUCUUUUAUUUUAUUAUUAAUUUAAGUUAAUGCAGUAAGAAUAUGUUUAUUUUACAUAUUAUAACGGAAUAAAAAAAGAUUUUACCCUCUUAA